GUGUUCCUGACGGAGAGUUGGAAGAGCUUCCUUGUACAACUGCGUCUUAUUCCUCCUGAAGAUUUCAUUCAGAAAUGUAUUUGUUUGCUGAAGGAAUGGGCAGAUAGUUACAAACCCACCCACUUCUUCACCAAAGCUAACCUCUGGAUACUGAAGAAUGGAAAUUGUUGAUGCUAGCUUCCUCGGGAAUGGUACCAAUAUUACUGCUUUCCUGUGUGAUAUCAUCUUGGAGAAUGACACUUUUUUCUGUGUGGAUGAUACACCUUAUCCUUCUAAAGAUUUGCAUCAGAUAAUUCGGAUUCUACUGUAUUGUUUGAUAUUUCUGCUCAGUGUUUUGGGGAACAUUCUGGUUAUUACAGUGCUGAUAAGGAACAAGCGGAUGAGAACAGUCACCAAUACGUUCCUGCUGUCACUAGCAGUCAGUGACCUGAUGCUCUGCCUCUUCUGCAUGCCAUUCACCCUCAUUCCCAACCUGCUUAAGGAUUUUAUUUUUGGUAGUGCUGUUUGUAAAACUGCCACUUACUUCAUGGGUGUCUCUGUAAGUGUAUCUACAUUCAACCUGGUUGCUAUAUCUUUGGAGAGAUACAGUGCCAUUUGCAAACCUCUGCAAUCCAGGGUCUGGCAGACAAAAUCUCAUGCCUUGAAAGUGAUUGCUGCUACCUGGUGUGUUUCUUUCACCAUCAUGUCACCAUACCCAAUUUACAGCAAACUGGUACCUUUUACCAAGUAUAACAACACCACAGCAAAUAUGUGUCGUCUCCUUUGGCCCAGUGAUGUCAUUCAGCAGUCUUGGUACACUUUCCUGCUACUCAUACUCUUUCUGAUUCCUGGGAUUAUAAUGAUGGUUGCGUAUGGCCUCAUUUCUUUGGAACUCUACAGAGGAAUAAAAUUUGAUGCCAGCCAGAGAAAAUAUUCACGAGAAAGAAAAACAAGUACCUGCAGUGCCAAAUAUGAGGAUGGAGAUGGAUGCUACCUCAACAAAACCAAAAGAAAAAGGAAAAUGCCAUUGCAGCAGCUCUCUGUUAGUAGCCAUAGCAAAAUAGACAGGGUGAGAAGCAACAGCUCUUCUGCCAACUUAAUGGCCAAGAAACUCGUCAUCCGCAUGUUGAUGGUGAUAGUGAUUUUGUUCUUCAUUUGCUGGACUCCCAUCUUCAGUGUCAAUGCGUGGCGCGCAUUUGACACCACUUCAGCAGACCAGCGUCUCUCAGGAGCUCCUAUCUCCUUCAUCCACUUGUUGUCCUACACUUCUGCCUGCGUGAACCCUAUCAUCUACUGCUUUAUGAACAAGCGUUUCCGCAUGGCUUUUCUAGCCACUUUCACCUGCUGCGCUAAGCAAACGCCCCCUGUGAUACGGGGAGAGAUUGGUGAUGAAGAGGAGGGGAAGACCACAGGGGCUUCACUCUCCAAAUGUUCUUACACGCACAUGAAUGCAUCUGUGCCACCCUGA